AUGGCAGCAGGAGUAGCAGCAUGGCUGCCUUUUGCCCGAGCAGCAGCAAUAGGAUGGAUGCCAGUGGCCUCCAACCCUAUGCCAAACGCACCUCGGCAGGAGAGGAAACGUAGUCAGGAUUCUCUGAUUGUGCUGAAUGUGAGUGGCACCCAGUUCCAGACCUGGUUGAACACCCUUGAACGCUAUCCUGACACCCUUCUGGGCAGCUCAGAGAGGGAUUUCUUCUACCAUCCAGAGACACAGCAAUACUUUUUUGACCGGGAUCCUGAUAUCUUCCGACACAUCCUCAAUUUCUAUAGAACAGGGAAGCUACACUAUCCCCGUCAGGAGUGCAUCUCAGCCUAUGAUGAGGAGCUGGCCUUCUUUGGUAUUAUCCCUGAAAUCAUUGGCGAUUGCUGCUAUGAGGAGUACAAGGAUCGACGACGGGAAAAUGCUGAACGCCUUCAGGAUGAUGCUGAUCAGGAUAAUGCCAAUGAGUGUCAUCUUCCUUCCAUGACAGCUCGAGAGAGGAUGUGGCGGGCCUUUGAGAGUCCACACACCAGCACACUGGCCCUGGUUUUUUAUUAUGUUACUGGCUUUUUCAUUGCUGUUUCUGUCAUUGCCAACGUGGUGGAGACUGUGCCCUGUGGGAUAACUCCUGGUGCCAUCAAGGAGCUAUCCUGUGGAGAGCGCUAUGAUGUGGCUUUCUUCUGCCUAGACACAGCCUGUGUCAUGAUCUUCACUGUUGAGUAUCUCUUGCGCCUGGUGGCUGCUCCCAGCAGGUACAAGUUUGUCCGUAGCGUCAUGAGCAUCAUUGAUGUUGUGGCAAUUAUGCCAUAUUACAUUGGCCUGGUGAUGACCAACAAUGAGGAUGUCAGUGGAGCUUUUGUAACCCUGCGUGUCUUCCGGGUCUUCCGGAUCUUUAAAUUUUCACGCCACUCACAGGGUCUGCGCAUCCUGGGCUACACUCUGAAAAGCUGUGCAUCAGAGCUUGGCUUUCUCCUUUUUUCUCUCACUAUGGCCAUCAUAAUCUUUGCUACAGUUAUGUUCUAUGCUGAAAAAGGUUCAUCUGCCACCAAGUUCACCAGUAUUCCUGCUUCUUUCUGGUAUACCAUUGUUACUAUGACCACCUUGGGGUAAGUGCAUAUGGUUUUAUCUCUA